CCGGACGCGGCGGCGAGCCCCAACUCCCAGCGCCUGCCCCUCCUCCGCCCGCUCCCGCGCAGCGGCCGGCUGCUUAGUCACGAUGAGGCUGCGCUUGCCGGCGGCCCAAGCCCCCUCCCCCCGGGGCCCGCCUCUGGGUUGCUCUCCCUCCCCGUGCCACUUCCGUGUGGAUGGCCCUGCUGCCCCGCACGCUGAGCGCGAGCGUGGGGCCGAGCUGGCUGCGGGUGGCGUGCGCCUUCCACGGCUUCCCGCUGCCUCCGCCCGGGCCCGCCGGCGCCCUGCGCACCCUCUCCCAAGCUAUGGCGUGUAAGCAGGAGCCUCAGCUGCAGUGUCCGCCGCCCGCUGCGGUGGCCUGCUACGACUACCUGGUGAUCGGGGGCGGCUCCGGCGGGCUGGCCAGCGCGCGCCGGGCAGCCGAACUCGGCGCCAGGGCCGCGGUGGUGGAGAGCCACAAACUGGGCGGCACUUGCGUGAAUGUUGGAUGUGUACCCAAAAAGGUAAUGUGGAACACAGCUGUCCACUCUGAAUUCAUGCAUGAUCAUGUUGAUUAUGGCUUUCAAAGCUGUGAGAGUAAAUUCAAUUGGCGUGUUAUAAAAGAAAAGCGGGAUGCCUAUGUGAGCCGCCUGAACACCAUCUAUCGAAACAAUCUAACCAAGUCCCAUAUAGAAAUCAUCCAUGGCCAUGCAGCAUUCACAUGUGAUCCCCAGCCCACAGUGGAGGUUAAUGGGAAAAAAUACACAGCUCCUCACAUUCUGAUUGCCACAGGUGGUGUCCCCUCAUAUCCUCAUGAGAGCCAGAUCCCUGGUGCCAGCCUAGGAAUAACCAGUGAUGGAUUUUUUCAGUUGGAAGAAUUGCCUCGCCGCAGUGUCAUUGUGGGCGCAGGUUAUAUUGCUGUGGAAAUAGCUGGGAUCCUCUCAGCCCUGGGCUCUAAGACAUCAUUAAUGAUACGGCAUGAUAAGGUACUUAGGAAUUUUGAUUCACUAAUCAGUUCCAACUGCACUGAAGAGCUGGAGAAUUCUGGCGUGGAGGUCUUGAAGUACUCACAGGUCAAGGAAGUUAAAAGGACUUCAUCAGGCCUGGAAGUUUCCGUGAUUACUGAAGUUCCUGGAAGCAAGCCGACCUUGACCACUAUUCCAGAUGUUGACUGCCUGCUCUGGGCCAUUGGGCGGGACCCAAAUUCCAGGGGCUUGAAUUUAAACAAUCUGGGAAUUCAAACUGAUGAGAAAGGUCAUAUUAUAGUAGACGAAUUCCAGAAUACCAAUGUCAAAGGUGUCUACGCUGUCGGGGACGUGUGUGGGAAAGCUCUUCUUACUCCAGUUGCAAUAGCUGCUGGCCGGAAACUUGCCCAUAGGCUUUUUGAAUGCAAAGAAGAUUCCAAAUUAGACUAUGACAACAUCCCCACUGUGGUCUUCAGUCAUCCCCCUAUUGGGACGGUUGGACUCACAGAAGAUGAGGCUGUUAAUAAAUAUGGAAAAGAUAAUGUGAAGAUCUAUUCAACCACGUUUACCCCAAUGUAUCACGCAGUGACCACAAGGAAAACUAAAUGUGUGAUGAAAAUGGUUUGUGCCAACAAAGAGGAAAAGGUGGUUGGGAUCCAUAUGCAGGGAAUUGGUUGUGAUGAAAUGCUGCAGGGUUUUGCUGUUGCAGUGAAAAUGGGAGCAACUAAGGCUGACUUUGACAACACAGUUGCCAUUCAUCCUACCUCUUCAGAAGAACUGGUCACACUCCGUUGAGAACUUAGAGACUUCUGUGGCUGGCAGUUGGGCCAGUGGACCUUCUGAGAUGAACCAAUCAAUCAC